AUGCCCGCAAUGAACGACUGGCUCCGCGACGACCUCCUCGGCAAGGAAAACGACCUCUGCACGGCCCUCACCUCCGCCAACCCUGCCCCCGCCGUCCUCAAGCUCUGCGCCCCAGACGCUGCCCUCAUGUUCCCCAACAUGGACAUCAUCUCGCCCGAGGACCAAGAGGCCUUCCACGACGCCAUGCAGCCGCCCUUCCACCGCUUCGACGACUACCAGGUCGAGGACAUGCGCGCCCACUUCAUCGGCCUCAUGGGCGGCGUCGUCACCUACAAGAUCAAGGCCUCCAGGGGCAAGGAGAAGUACCGCGCCACCGCGUCGUCGACGUGGAAUCAGGGCGCCGACGGGGAGUGGCUGCUUGUUGCGCAUUCUGAGACGCCGCUGUAG